GGUGAUCUAUUGACGUUUGCCAACAUUCUUGAGAAGGUGGCAUCUGCUACUCUCAUCGUACCAACAACAGAGGCGCUCGGUCAGCUGAAGUGGAAUUGGUUCCACAAAUCGAACGCUAUGUAUGAUUUCGAAAUCUUCAGCCAACUCGCCCGUCUAAGCCCACCUGCCGGCAUCUUCUUGAUCUACUACCCGCAUCUCUUCGGCGUCUCCACGCUGCGAUCGUGCAGCAAACCCCACAGCUAGAAGUCGCACACCCCGCUCUGCUCAUGUUCGGCGGCAGCUUCUUCUCGAACGCAGGACACAUCUGGAACGACCUCAUUGAUGCCCCACUAGAUGCCAAAGUCAAGUGCACCCGCCAGAUCCAUCCCAAGAGAGGCUAUCUCGUCGGCUGCAGCGCUGCUUUUUGCGAUCACCCAGGCGGUGGAUGCAGCAGCUUUUCUGCCUUUUGUAGGGAGAGGUGUGGUGCAAAGCACGCAGUAUGCGCUCCCCGCUAUCGUUGGCUCGACAUAUUAUCCCUGGGCGAGAAGACACACACACGCCUCACAGCUAGUCCUGGGCUUUUAUCUUGCGUGGGGUAUCGUGAUGGGGUCUUUGGCUCUGGGCAAGGUGUGCUUUUAUUUCGGCACACGAAACAACAGGUCCCCUGUGGAUCCAGCCGCGCUGUGUCUGUUCAUGGCGAAUGUUCUCUGGACGAUGAUCUACGACACCAUCUAUGUGCACCAGGAUUUGAAGGACGACGUCGAAGUUGGGAUCAAGAGUCUGGCAGUUUCCUACCGUGGGUACAAUAAGGGGCUGCUUUGGAAGUUACUGGCUUUGAUGGCUGCGUUCCCGGUGGCAGCGGGGUGGCUAAGCGGCACCAGUUUACUCUUCUAUGUUCCGGCAGUGGAAGGCUCCGUCACAUCUCUGGGUUUGAUGAUCGGAAGAGUGGAGCUGCAGAGAACUGAAAGCUGUGGGUGGUGGUUCGGUAACGGGUCUUGGUACGCGGGUGGCUCGAUUGCAGUGGACCUGCUUGCUGAGUACAUUUACACGCAACGGUAUUCUUGUGCUGGAAGCAUGUGUCGCCAGACACUUUCUUUGGGACCGGUAAAUUCCUCUGUAUAGGUCACGUGCGACCACCUCAUACAUGUCUUCCCAUCAACGAACUUCCGUCACUCUCGCUGACGCCCAGACUCUCAUUGCCAUACGCAGUGUGCGCCGGCUUU